CGUCACCCCCCUCCCCUCCACCUAUGAAUACACCCCGCACCACCACCGAUUCUCGCUCUCUUAUUCGCCACCACUCAAAAAAGGGUCUCCCCGAUUCCGACUUUCGCUCUCCUCCGCACGCCGCCGCCGAGCGCGCCACCUCAAGAUCUCGGAUCUGUGAAGGCUCCGAUUGAGAGGAGAGAAAGGAUUGAAGGAGGCGAAGAAAGGAAAAUGAUGAUGGUGAGGGCUUCGAGAGGAGUGGAAUCGAACGGCGUCGUUUGCCCCAAGCCCCGCAGAGUCGGCGGCUUCUUCAAGUCUCCCUCCGCCUUUGAUUCCAUCAGACCUCCCUGCUUGCUCCAGUUCGGUCAACAGAUGGAGGCCUGCGAUUCCGAACCUGGAACUGAACUUCUCGACAUCAUCCUUGCCAAGGGAAGGUAUGGCAAUGGUGGUGGGAGGCCCAGUUUCCAGAUGGAACCAUCGCCUCCGUUUUUCUCUGGAUCGCCGCCGGGCAGAGCUUCUAACCCACUGAUCCAAGAUGCCAAUUUUGGGCACGAGUUUUUUGACCCCUUAUCCCCAGCAGUAGAAUCAAUGGCACUUCCGCCGCCAUCUCCAACCCCGCCCCCACCCUCCUCUGCCCGCAAGAACGGCGGGGGAGGGUGCGGGAUGAAAUUUGGGAACAAGCCGGCUCCGGCGAGGAGGAUUGAGGGCUUCAACUGUGGCAGAAACUGCAGCAUCUCCGCCGUAGCCUAAAGUUUGGAAGGAGCUAGAGAUUUUUCAGGAGGGUGAGAAACCAAACACAACCUUAUAAACUAAACCACUUCGUUGUAGCUGUGCAUAUAUAUAUAGAGAGAGCUGAGUCUUUUGAAGAAAAAAAAAGGGCUUCUUAACAAAAUCAUUAUGAGUUUUCCUUGAUGAGGGAGAGGUCUUUGAUGUGUAUAUGUAAUGAGGUAAUCAGUUCAUCAAUGGAUACAAUAAUAAUAAUAUCUACCAAGGAGAAAAGAGGAAGAAAGGGUGGGGAAAUAUGCAUAUAGAUAUAUAUACUCCCCUUUGAUUUCUCUUCAUCUUUUUGGGCAUUUGUAAGUUAGGGUUUUUAUUAUUUUUUUGAUUAGAGGGUUUUGAGCAUCUUUGUUGCAUUGUUAAUCUUCAUGGCCUUCAAUGUAAUUGUAAUGUGAAGGGAGAGGAGACAAUGGUCUUUUUUAUUCAAGUUUUCCUGGUCUGGUUAUAAUUGUACUCACUGUUUUUCUUCUUCUUUUUUGCAAGUUUGUUUAUAAUGAAUGAACCACGUGGUU